UGUAAUUCCAUUCCAUGGUCAUUGGUCAUAAAGUGUGAAAAAAAGAGUAUUAAAUUAAAGAAAAGAAAAAGAAAAAGAAAGGUAAUGAAUAUGUUGAAAGCAUUCCCAAAAUAGAUCCCAUGCUUCUUAGAACAAUCAACCACCUUUGUUCCCCUCAAAAUCAUCACCACUCAACACUUCAACAUUCAAAUUCAAACUCACUUCAUAUUUCAGACUCCUAUAAUAGGGUUGAGGUUGAUACAACUAAAAAACUCAACUCGUAGCCAAAGGGGAUGGCCACGCUACAGAAGUUCAAGCUCUUCGCGACACAAUGCGGGGUGCAACAGAGCCCAACUUUAAGCCCAAGAACAAGCCCGCUAAUUCGGAUGCCGAGGCCCAAAACAACUCUGCGGACUCUUCUUGGGCUGACUCUGAACCGACCACCUCGACGGCAGGGACACGUGUCGGUGUUAGAGUUGGAGAAGAAAGAGAAGGAUUCAAUGCGGAGAAACUCGCUGAAGGAUCUAUUUGUGUCAUCGCCACCGAGAGAAGAGGAUGCGCAAGCACAAACACAUGCUACUUCUCCAAUGUUGGGAAACAUGGGCAUUUUCCGGUCCGAUAGUUGGAAGGUCGGACCCGGUUUAAAUAACCCGGUUUGGACGGGUUUUCGAUGUAGGUCCCUACUGAAAAGGAAAGCUUGGCGCCCUAUGCUUCUCACUAUUUCCGAACAGUAAUAAUAAUCUUCUUUUUUUUUCAACGGAUCAUCACUUGUAUCUUCUUGAUAUUUUUUGUUCCAUUUAAUAUAUGAAAUGAAAUGAAGGUUUUGCUUUCUAUUUCGUCCUUAAA